AUGAAACCACAAGAAGAAUCCAAAUGCCACAACAUCAACCUUGUCACGCCUGUACACGUGGUCUCGCAGGUCGUCCCGUUCAUCUUGCACGCGCGCGAGCUCGGUCGGCGGAUUCUCAUUGUCUACAAUACGUACUCAUUCGAUUCAUCAAACAACCUAAAGCUUCUGAAUGGACUGGUAGUUAUCCGUCCGCCAGACUCCAGCGCGGACAAGUACACGGCGACGGCCACGGAGAGCAUCAAGUCUAUACAUGCCAAAGUCGGCAACUUCUGCUUCACCGUAGGUGGCAUCGCGAAGAGCGGCGUGCUUGUGCACCGUCUCGUGAUGUCGGACCUGGAUGGUGAGGGCAAGGAUCUCAUGGGGUGGCUCGCGGAGAACAUAUCCAAUAACAUCACGGUACACGUCAUAGAUUACGCAGGCAUUAAUCGCCCAGUCGACCCCGGCGAAGUCGCAUCUGUCAGGAAAGCGGCCGAAGAGGCAGACCUAUGGCGCUCUGUCGAAGCUGUAAAACAUAGCAGUUUUGAUAUCUGA